CGGCGCUCUCGCGAGAAGAUGCCAUGCUGGCCGCCAAGAUGGCGCCGCCCAAGGCCCCGCCGGCCGCCGAGCCCGAGGCGAUGGUGCUGCCGGGCUUCCCGGACGCCGACAGCUUCGUGAAGUUUGCACUCGGGUCGGUGGUGGCUGUCACCAAGGCAUCCGGGGGCCUGCCGCAGUUCGGCGACGAGUAUGACUUUUACCGGAGUUUCCCCGGCUUCCAGGCCUUCUGUGAGACCCAGGGAGACCGGCUGCUUCAGUGCAUGAGCAGAGUGAUGCAGUACCACGGCUGUCGGAGCAACAUCAAGGACCGCAGCAAAGUGACAGAGCUGGAGGACAAGUUUGAUUUGUUGGUUGACACCAACGAUGUUAUCCUGGAAAGAGUGGCGAGGCAUCUUACUGGACGAAGCGUCUGGUGUGAGUAAGAACCAGCAACCCAUCCUGCCCACGGGGCUGCGAGUCCCCGAAACCAUAGUGUCCAGCUGGAACCGGAAGGCGGGAGAGUAUAGCAAAAAAACGAAAUCGGAAACAUUCCGGCUGCUCCAUGCGAAGAAUAUCGUGCGGCCACAGCUUAAGUUCCGAGAGAAGGUUGACAAUUCCAACACGCCGUUUGUUCCGAAGAUCUUCGUCAAGCCAAAUGCCCAGAAACCCCUCCCUCUGGCGCUGUCCAAGGAAAGUCGGGAGCGCCCCAAGGACCGGCCGGAGGACCUGGACGUGCCCCCUGCCCUGGCCGACUUCCUCCACCAGCAGCGCACCCAGCGGGUGGAGCAGGACAUGUUUGCACAUCCAUAUCAGUAUGAACUCGAUCAUUUCACCCCCCCGGAUUCAGCGCUUCAGAAGCCUCAGCCCCAGACCUACAGGCCCGUGGAGGAAACGCCCUGCCACUUUGUCACCUCGCUGGAGCAGCUCGCGGAACUCAACGAGAAGCUCCUGGCGUGUCAGGAAUUCGCCGUGGACUUGGAGCACCACUCCUACCGGAGCUUCCUGGGCCUGACCUGCCUGAUGCAGAUCUCCACCCGCACCGAGGAUUUCAUCAUCGACACGCUGGAGCUGCGCAGUGACAUGUACAUCCUCAACGAGAGCUUCACGGACCCCGCCAUCGUCAAGGUCUUCCACGGUGCGGAUUCUGACAUCGAGUGGCUGCAGAAGGACUUCGGGCUGUAUGUGGUGAACAUGUUCGACACCCACCAGGCCGCGCGUCUCCUCAGCCUGGGCCGCCACUCCCUGGACCACCUGCUGAAGGUCUACUGCGGCGUGGAGUCCAACAAGCAGUACCAGCUGGCCGACUGGAGGAUCCGGCCUUUGCCCGCGGAAAUGCUCCACUACGCCCGCGCUGACACCCACUACCUGCUCUACAUCUACGACCGCAUGAGGCUGGAGCUGUGGGCGCGCGGGGGCGAGCAGCCCGUGCAGGCCCGCGUGGUGUGGCAGCGGAGCCGGGACAUCUGCCUCAAGAAAUUCGUCAAGCCGAUCUUCACGGAUGAGUCCUACCUGGAGCUGUACAGGAAGCAGAAGAAGCAUCUCAACACACAGCAGCUGACAGCCUUCCAGCUGCUGUUCGCCUGGAGGGACAAGACGGCCCGGAGGGAGGAUGAGAGCUACGGCUACGUCCUGCCGAACCACAUGAUGCUCAAGAUCGCAGAGGAGCUUCCCAAGGAGCCUCAGGGCAUCAUCGCCUGCUGCAGCCCCGUCCCUCCUCUCGUGCGGCAGCAGCUCAACGAGCUGCAUCUUCUGGUCCAGCAGGCGCGAGAGAUGCCGCUGCUCAAGUCGGAAGUCACCUCCGGGGUGCGAAAGAGCGGGCCGCUGCCCAACCCUGAGAGACUGGAGAACGUCCUCUUUGGCCCUCACGACUGCUCCCACACCCCGGCAGACGGCUGUCCUGGCGUCCCCAGCAGUGGGCCCGUGCCGGAGCGGAGACAGGCCAGCCUCUUUGCAGACCAGCCGGAGGAGGAAGCCCUGCUGGCCACCAGCUGCCUCGUGGCCAGGGCCGUGAUCACCUUGUUUAACGAGCCAAGUGCUGAGGAAGACGCCCAGGCCCCCCUGACGGUAGCCCAGAAGAAAGCCCGGAGCAUCAUGGAGUCCUUCGAGAACCCAUUUCGGAUGUUCCUGCCGGCCCUCGAACAACACGCUCACAUUUCCCAAGCAGCCAAGUUUGACCCUUCCUCGAAGAUCUACGAAAUCAGCAACCGCUGGAAACUGGCCAGCCAGGCGCAGGGACAGAAGGACUCUAAGGACACGGCCAGGAAGAGCGUGGCCCAGCCCACAGCUGCCCCGGAGGAGGCCAAGCAGGAGCCGCAGACGCCCGCAGAGCCGGCCCUGUCCGUGCGCCAGCAGAUCGCCCGUGAAAAUGCUGCCAAGAAGCGAGAGCGAGCGGCCAGUGACCCCGGCGCCCCCGACCAGAAGCAAGGGAAGAAACGGCCCAAAGUGCCCAAGAAGCCCGAGGAGCCCGAGGAGGCGCCCGAGAAAGAGUUCACCCCCUUCGACUACGGCUCGUCUGACUUCCAGGCCUUUGCGGGGAACGGCAAAACCAAACCGGCCGCCCAGUUCGACCCCAAUAAGCAGCCUGUGGCUGGCAAGAAAUGCUUUGCAGCCAAAAAGCUCAAGCAGACCACAGGGAACAAAAGCAUGUCCUUCCCGACGGGGAAGUCGGACAGAGGGUUCAGGCACAACUGGCCGAAGAGAUAGAGCUCACGGGACACCGGGGCCAGCUGGGAGGAGCGGAAGACGGCGGGUUUUGUACAGGCUCAUUUUUAAGCCAUUAAAAAAUUCUUACUGG